AAUAUGUAACAUGUUAGAAAUAUCAUUUUUUGGAUCUUAAAUCUUGUAAUUGGGUACAUCUUUGUAGUUUUUUUAAACAAAAUGCUGCAAUAAUAUCCGUAAAAAUUGUAUUUCCUGAUAGUACAAAAUGUGUACUUUAUUUAGGGGGAACAGUGUGCUCAAACAAGUUUAAUAAUGUAAUUAAGUAAUGUUUAAUACUUUGACUAAUUCAUUUCUCAACCAUUACAGAAAUAUCCUAACAUUUCUCAUAAGCAAUGUUUUUCAGUAUUUGUAUUUUGCCUAUUUAUUUCUCAGCCAAUACAUGAAGAUAGUUUUUUCCAUUUCUUCAGAAACAUUUGGAACAUCUGUACAUCUGGAAUUGACAAAACCUAUGUUGAGGGCGUUGUUUCUCGAACACGUUUAUAUGUGCAGGCACAAAAGAAAGAACAAAUAGGAUAUUUUAUCUUGCAUUAGAAAUCAGUGACAGCACUGACUGAAUGUGAUGUGCUGUGCUGUUCUGUGGACUGUGAAAUGUAACUUAAUUGUGUGUCCAUUUCCUCCUCUCUCCUCUCUUCCACAGACGAUUUCCCGAUCCACGAGGGGACCCUGCUGUCCUCCGGCUACGAGGUGCAGGCCUUUCUCGGGGAGGGCAGCUUUGGUAAGGUGGCCAUGUGUAUGGACAAUGUAACCAACACAAAGAAGGCCGUUAAAAUAUCCAAGGAUAGACCCCUUUUCUUUGAGCGAGCUAUGGAAGAGAUUAAAAUUCUCCAGAAGCUGCAGACUCUCGAUGCCGAUAAAUGCAGUCUGGUGAAAUGGUAUGGCUCGUUCUACCAUGAAAAGUUAACUUGUUUGGAGUUUGAGCUCCUGGACCUGAGUCUCUAUGAGUACAUGCUGCAGAGAAAACACAACGCUCUGCCCAUAGCUGAGAUCCGUCCAGUUUUACGUCAACUGACAACAGCACUGCUCCACCUUGAGGCCCUGGAAAUAAUCCACGCUGAUAUAAAGCCUGAGAAUAUUAUGGUGGUGAACCGCUUGCAGCAUCCGCUUCAGGUCAAACUCAUUGACUUCGGCCUGGCUCGCCACGUGUCCGAGGCCGUUCCAGGGACUGCUGUUCAGAGUCUUUGGUACAGGGCACCAGAGGUCCUCCUGGGCAUGGACUUCAGUGAACAGAUUGACAUGUGGUCUCUCGGUGCUGUGAUUGCAGAAAUAGCAGCAGGCUUUGCUCUGUUCCCCGUGGACCACGAAUAUGACACACUUAAACUCAUUGUGGACUUGACUCCAUGGGAGUUUGCAUUACAGACCGGGCAUCACUUCAGAGGAAACCAAUGUUUCCACCUGAGGUCUCUUGAUGACCUGGUAGAGGUAAUACCUUACAGACACAUGGCCAAGAGAGAGGAGUUGCUGAACUUUGUGGACCUCUUGAAAAAUAUGCUGUUGCCGGACAAGUGCGGACGAAUUAUUCCCCUCACAGUCCUGGAGCAUCCGUUCUUCGCUGUGGAGCAGGACCCUGAAGUCAGCCAAAGUAUUGAAACCGUGAUUGUUGACAUGAGAGAGGCUGAGCAGAGUCUCACACCACAGCCUUCACUGACUGAGAGCUUCCAAAGCAUUGGAAACGUAAUCUUUGAUAGCAGAGACUCUGAACUAAGUGUCACUCUGCAGCUAUCGAAGAAUGUCCAAAGUGUUGCGUUCAAGGCUGUGACUCUUCCCGAGCAAAUAGUCUCUGCUCAGCCAGAAACAGUUUAUUUUAAGCUUGAGGACGAAGCUGCUCACAUGGAGCCUGAGGUCAUCAAAGUGACCAGCGGCGAAAGAAAAAGCAGAGUCAGGAGAUUCUUGAAGAGCAUCAGAAACGCUCUCUUCUCCUGUGUCCACUGUGACAGCAACUGAACCAGCCAAUUGCCUGGUCUUCAUUUAUUCUAUUGUUUUUGGUUUAUUUCUCAGUAAAUAUAUUGACUUCAACUUUUAAAAAAGCUUGUGUGAUGUGUGGUGAACUUAUAGAAGAGAAAUACUUCUGGUCCUAUUUAUAAGUAUACAUAUAUAUUGUUAUAGGUAUUGUAUUGCUGUUUCGUACUAAGAAAUGUGAUUCUUAUAUUAGUGCCAUUAUUUUAGUUAGUCUGAGGCUUAUGUUUUUUUACCGGGGAAAAAGAGGACGUAACACCAUUGUUCUUUGUAUUGUUUGAACAUCAAAACAUAAAGUGAACAAACAAAACCAUGAUUUAUAAUUGAGGAUCAAAGUCCUCGAGGUUUGAACAAGUGUGGUCCCAUGAGAACAAGCAAAAUCAAUCUGUCGAUGAGGACCAAGUGAUAUGGUCAAAAGCUCUCAGAGCUACUAAAACAUUUAAACACAAUUCUAUUUAAAAAAUAAAGGUGAGAUUGUAUCGUUAAAAGGAUAAAUGAGGGUUAAGGUGUUGCCAUUUUCUGACAGUAUGAAAUAAAUAUAGAAGAUUUAAUUAGAACAUAAAAAUAAUUAUACGUAACGGGCAACUAUUGUUAGGAUACGGGGAAAAACAAUUCAUUUUUGUCCAAAUGAAAUCAAAGUGAAAUUAAAUGUAUUGAUUUAAUUUAGUCAGUGAUACAUACCUAUAGACUAAUCGAUUUCAUAAUCCGAUUUGUAUUAGCCACCUUAACCGAAAACUCUGCCUUUACGCUCCACAUACCUCGCUAUAACCACUAAUCUGGCGUCGUAGUUCCCCCUUAGGUGGCAGUUCAGCCUCUCAUUUAAGUUUCAUUUUGUGUGCAUCCUUGACAACAAGUAAUGUGUUUGGUUUUUAUAUAGUAGUUUUCUAUUAGUAAUUUGUACAGUUAAAUUAUAGGUUUACCAGCUUUUUAUCAGUUUAAAAGUACGUUUAUAAUCGUGUGGUAACCUUUUGUGUGUGUAUAAGUAAUUGUACUUUUAAUUAUAGAGAGUUGUAGAUUUAAUGUUACUUAAUGCUGAUGUUUGUUUCUCUAUUUUAGAAACAUGUCUGAACGAAGAUGCUUUGGGUUGAACUGAAAGAAAUGUGAAUCAUUGUUUUUUGUUCGUGAUUAGACUCUUUACUGUUGCUGUUGGGAAACCUGAAUUCAUUUAAAAAUGCACACACUAGGGAUUAACUGAUUAU